AUGAAGCUGGCGCCAUCAACAGAAGACCCCGCCGCGAAAAGGCGACUCCAGAACCGCCUCAACCAGCGGGCCAGCCGGGAAAGGAGAGCUCUUAAAUCUGGCAAGCUCAACAAAAAUCACCAAAGAUGGAUAAUUUAUACCGAAGAAGCCAACCCUCGUGCUGAACUAGGAAUGGCCCAGAAUGACGACCAAGUGUCAGCAUCGACAUCGAUAUCACGAGCGACCUCACCACCAGAACAGUGCAUAACAAAACCCUCUUGCUCACGAAACCCCAAUAUCAUUGCAGACUGGAAUGCCCGAAAACAACAUCUCAUAGCACAACUGGAUUACCGCGUUGCUUCGGCGGCAGCAGCAGCCCACCCGCUCAACCAACUCACCCUCCUUGCGCCCGUCACAAAUCUAAACGUCAUCAACGCCAUGUUAACCAAUGCAUCAUUAAUGGGUCUAACGCUAGAUCUGCUAGGCGAAGAUCUUGUUUCUGCGUUCAAUAUUGUCGGGCCAAUGACAAUGAACCUGCCACCAAGUUUGCAGCCAACAUCUUCCCAGAAAGAUAUCAUUCAUCACCCCUGGAUCGACCUUAUGCCCAUGCGAUCUUUCAGAGAUGUUCUGUUGAACAAUAUGGAUCAAUAUGAUGAAGACGACUUCUGCGGCGAUCUACAUGGCCAAGUGGGAGCUUCCAAUGGGAUUGGAUUGAUUGUUUGGGGUGAGGCGUGGGAUCCGAACGCUUAUGAAAUCUCCGAGGCUGUCUUUCGGAAAUGGAGUUGGCUGGUAGAGAAAUGUCCGGAGCUUAUUAGAACAUCGAAUUAUUGGAGGAGGAAAAGGGGCGAAAAGCCUUUGCGUGUUGAACGGCCCGUGGGGUUUGUGCUUGCGGAGGAAAUUCGGGAAUAA